UGAACUGUCACAGGUCAGUGCAUCCUAUAUUAACUUGUGUGUGGAGAAGAAUAGCUCACAGUUGCUCUUUGCUCUAUCUGGGACAGCCUUCUUCUUCCUGGUUUGCUGUGAUUGGAGGCCUCCAGGUGUGCGGCAGGUGAAACCGGAGAAGCGUUUCAUGACAUGACCUGAGAGCCACGCCCAUCUUUGUACCUUCCAGUCUGUGUUCGGAGUGUCAAAAUGGCAGCAGCAACUAUUUCUAUCGAAGAAGACCAGUUCUGUUGCUCGGUGUGCCUGGAGAUUUUGAGAGACCCGGUGACCAUCCCCUGCGGACACAGCUACUGCCUGGACUGCAUUGAGGACUACUGGAACCAGCCCAAGCAAAAAGGCCAGUACAGCUGCCCUCAGUGCAGGCAGGUGUUCAACCCGAGACCUCUGCUGAGCAGAAACACGGUCCUGGGUGAAGUGGUGGGAAAGUUUCAGCAAUCUGGAUCUCAUCCCCAGGGUGUCAGGUGCAGUGUUUGUACAGGGAGGAAAUGCAAAGCUGUGAAAUCCUGCCUGGCAUGCUCCGAGUCUUACUGCGUGGCUCACCUGAGAGCCCACGAGGAGAGCUUCCACGGGAAGAGACAUAAAUUGAUUCCAGCUUCAGAUCAGCUGAGGGACGAGCUGUGCCCACAGCACGAGAAGCUGCUGAGGCUGUUCUGUCGCACUGACCAGCAGUAUGUCUGCUCACAGUGUGUCAAAGAGAGACACAAGGGCCACAAUGCCAUCUCAGUGGUGGAGGAGAGAGCAGCUCAGCAGAAAAAACUCCAAGAAGCCUCUUUGAAGUCCGUGCAGAAACUGAAGGACACGGAGAAGGAACUGAGAUAUGUUGUUAGAUACAUCAAGCACUCCACAGAGGCAGCAGUGGAGGAGGGCGAGAGGAUUUUCUCCAAGCUGAUCCGCUCCAUAGAGAAACAGAGCGGUGAGCUGAGGGAGCUGCUCAGAGUCCAGGAGAGAGCAGCGGUCAGUCAGGCCGAGGAGCUGCUGGAGAGGAACCAGAGGGAGAUGGUGGAGCUCAGGAGGGCCGACGCCGAGCUGGAGAAGCUCUCUCGCACCGAGGACCACCUUCACUUCCUUCAGAGGUGCAGGUCUCUUCACUUCCCUGCAAAGACUCUGGAGAUGCCCAACACUGAUGCUCUCCAAUACAUGAUGUAUAAAGGCAUGAGAGGAGCCGUGGCUGAUCUCACAGCCAGUCUGGACGAAACACUUGAGAGAGAAUUCAACAGGAUCUCUGAUAAGGUAACUUCCCUGAAGGAAACCAGCAAUCGAAGUGCCUCGGAAAAGACUAAAGCAAAAGAUGCUGACAUACCAUACGACUCGGAACCAAAGACUAGAGCUGAUUUUCUACAAUAUCACAAUGAUAUAACCCUGGACCCAAACACAGCCAACCCUUAUCUGAGCUUCUCUGAUGGUCGAAGAGGUGUGACCACACGUCUGGAGCCCCAGCCCUACCCCGACCACCCAGCUCGCUUCACCAGCUGGGCCCAGGUGCUGUGCAGAGCUGGGAUGGCUGGCCGCUGCUACUGGGAAGUGGAGUGGGCUGGUAAAGGAGGGGUUUCCAUUGGCAUCUGCUACAAAAACAUGAGCAGGAGUGGAGGAGGGAGUGACAGCAAGCUCGGACACAAUUCCAAGUCCUGGAGCCUGGACUGCUCUUACUCACUCUGUUCGUUUCAGCACAAUAAGGAGAGUGUGACUGUCGCUGCUUCCUGCUGUAGCAGGAUUGGAGUGUAUCUGGACUUCAGGGGCGGGACUCUGUCUUUCUUUAAUGUUUCUGACACAAUGGAUUUACUCCAUAAAGUCAAGACUACAUUCACCCAGCCUGUAUAUGCAGGAUUUUGGGUGGGGUUGGGCUCUUCACUGAAGCUGUGCUCUCUUUAAAUGUUGAUGCCGACUGCACUCCCAACGAGCAUAACUGUUGUGUAACCUUGUAAUUGUGAGGUUAAAAAUAUAAUAAAGCAGAGACAGAAGUUUGUGCUCAAAACUUAGCGUUUAAUCUGAGACCGUGCAAGCAGAGAGCAGCAGCAACACUUUGGUGGAGCAGGUAAAGAACAGGUGGAGCUUAGAUCUUA